AUUUUUAUUAAUAUUGUCUUCUAGGUCUUAUUUGGUUUGGUUGUUUACUUUUUCUGCCUAGCAUUAGGUGUUUAAAUCCAUACUGCCAUGAAUACACUGGGUCCCUUGAUUUGAGAGCUGCACAGCGCUACAUUUUAUCCACCUGCUCUCACAAUGAAGGGCGCUUAGAUUGCCUCCAGCUCCCACAGCCACGCAGCAGCUGACAUCUUCCCACACGUCCCUUUGUGGGCCUGCAAGAGAAUUUCAGAGAUCUAUAUCAAGGAGCUGGAUUUUAGGGUUCACCGUAAUUUCCCUCAUUACUGCCAGACUGUUUUCUAGAUUAUUUUCUAGUAGCCCAUGAACAGCCACAGGCUACUCAUGCCAGCUCGACAGCUUCAUAUUGUCCGCUGACAUUUGGCAUUAUCAGGCUUUUUAAUUUUUGCCAGUCUUAAUGAGUGUAAGUGAUAUUUCAUUGUCAUCUUUCUGAACACUGAUAAAUCCGACCAUCUCUUCAUAUGCUUGCAGACCUGCUGAAGUUGCGGUUCCUCAAACCCCAGCUCACGUCUUUGGGGUCUGACUUUCUGCGCCAGAGGGCGGCGGACCCAAGGCUCAUCCCUUCGCCCCAAGCCCAAGCGGGGCGAGGAAGUGCUUCCUCUGGAGAGGCAGCUCCAUGAGGCCGCCCGCCGGAACAACGUCAGCAGGAUGCAGGAGUUGAUUGGGAGGAGGGUUAACACCAGGGCCAGAAACCACGUUGGCAGGGUGGCCCUGCACUGGGCUGCAGGUUCGGGGCACGAGCAGGCUGUGCGUCUGCUUUUGGAGCACGAGGCUGCUGUGGACGAGGAGGAUGCGUUUGGGAUGAAUGCACUUCUCCUGUCUGCCUGGUUCGGCCACUUACGGAUCCUCCAGAUCCUGGUCAACUCGGGGGCCAAGAUCCACUGUGAGAGCAAGGAUGGCCUGACUUUACUGCACUGUGCAGCCCAAAAAGGCCAUGUGCCUGUGCUGGCAUUCAUAAUGGAGGACCUGGAGGAUGUGGACCUGGACCACAUAGACAAGCUGGGGAGGACAGCAUUUCACAGGGCAGCUGAGCACGGGCAGCUGGAUGCUCUGGACUUCCUCGUGGGCUCUGGCUGUGACCACAGUGUCAAAGACAAGGAGGGGAACACAGCCCUUCACCUGGCUGCUGGCCGGGGCCAUGUGGCUGUGCUACAGCGACUUGUGGACAUCGGGCUGGACCUGGAGGAGCAGAAUGCGGAAGGUCUGACCGCCCUGCAUGCAGCUGCUGAGGGGACCCACCUUGACUGUGUGCAGCUCCUUCUUAGGGCUGGGAGCAGCGUGAACGCACUCACCCAGAAAAACCUGAGCUGCCUUCACUAUGCAGCCCUCAGUGGCUCAGAGGACAUGUCUUGGGCCCUCAUCCACGCAGGAGGCUGCACCAACGUAGCUGAUCAUCAGGGCGCCUCUCCCAUGCACCUCGCUGUCAGGCACAACUUCCCUGCCUUGGUCCGGCUCUUCAUGAACUCUGACGGUGACUUGAAUGCCAUGGACAAUAGGCAGCAGACGCCCCUUCACCUGGCUGCAGAGCACGCGUGGCAGGACGUAGCAGAGAUUCUCCUCAUUGCUGGGGUUGACUUAAACCUGAGAGAUAAGCAGGGAAAAACUGCCCUGGCAGUGGCCGCCCGCAGCAACCACAUCAGCCUGGUGGACAUGAUCAUAAAAGCUGAUCGUUUCUACAGAUGGGAGAAGGACCACCUUUCAUGCAAGGACCCCAGUGAGCCCUCUGGGAAGAGCUUGUCCUUUAAGCAGGACCAUCGGCAGGAAACACAGCAGCUCCGCUCUGUGCUGUGGCAGCUGGCCUCUAGGUUUCUGCAGCCCCAUGAGUGGAAGAAGCUGGCAUAUUCCUGGGAGUUCACGGAGGCGCAUGUCUGUGCCAUUGAGCAACAGUGGACAGGCACCAGGAGCUAUCAGGAGCAUGGCCACCGAAUGCUGCUCAUUUGGCUGCAUGGUGUGGUCACAGCUGGUGAGAACCCCAGCAAAGCACUGUUCGAGGGCCUUGUGGCCAUUGGCAGGAGGAGCCUGGCUGGUAAGAGCGUACUCUGCUGGGUUUCUUCUCAGGACCUGGGUGGCCCUCACUGGAAUGCAGCAGGGCCCUCCAAGGGCUGCUCAGACAAGCAUGAUGUGAUGCUGGCUCUGGGCCUUCCAGAUUCCUCCCCCGAGCCCUGCCCUCUCUUCCCUUGGGCAAGUGACAGUGCCUCCUGGCUCUGGUUUCCCCAUUUGUGCAAUGAGGGUGUUGGCCCAAACUGAACCCUAUGACCGUCACAGCCCUGGAACCGGUGAUGGCUAUCCAUAAUCUCUUCCUUACUAGCCUUCUAUACCUCGAUAUUUUUUUUCCAUUUUGGAAUAAGCCUGGAACCAUCUUCAGACUUCUUUUUCACAAACAUUAAGACACAGGAGCCAAAACUGACUUAAUAUGAGUCGAACCAGUCAUAUCUGGUCAAAUAAACCUCCUGAGGUCAUCACAACUUAUUUGAGUAUGCCAAUCCCAAAAGCCUGAUUUGGGAUUCAGAGUGUUCUGUGGAACCAUCAGACAAGCAGGAUAGAAGGUUCUAGUACUAAGCCCUUGCUAAAAACAGAAUCAGUUCAUGAUGAAAAAGCCUUAAACGCUGUGAUAUCCAUUGACAUGGUACAUAAUGGGGCAACCACAGAAGGGCUACUAGGCAGUCACUGAUAGUUGUGAAAGCUCCAUUCGUUAUGAGGCAACAAAGAAAACCAUUUCUGACAUAUUUCUAGCAUAUUACUGAGGGAAAUAUUUCUAGCAUAUUAUCGAUGGAAAAAAGGAACCCCCCUCCCCGCCCACCACCCCGUAAUUGCUAUAGGCAAGGUGGAAAAGCUAAGAGUCAUUUCAGGGUAGAGGGAUUAGGGACGCUACCUUUCUUUUCCCAAAAUGUUCUUAAAUAUAGUUGUUGCAUCUUCUUUUAACACAAACUCUGGCAGGCAAUUAAAACAUAAAACCAGCCCUGUGAGGCAGAGCUUAGGUGACAGAGGCAAUAAGAUUCUUGUUUUUAACAGAAAACAUCAGGAAGAAAGUAAACGCAGCCCCAAGUGCCCCCAAGAGGUGCACAGCCAUGUAAGCAGAGGGGCCGGACCUUCAGGGAUGUGGGGCCUCAGAGUGUGGAGCCAUGGGAACAGAAGAUGACCACCAUUUAAGAGCUUUUAAAAAAAAUCACUGUUAACAGACCUCCAACUGAUUCUACUGAAAUUCACAGUCAUGCAGAGCCCAGCAAGCCAAUGUUUUGUAUAGUAAUAUUUUUCAUGAGGAUGGGUCCAGGGGCUGUUUCAGGUUUUGUGGGUUAUCUCGUCACACAGGUAUGGUCCUUUGGAGCUCUUGGCUCAUUUCUUUUUUUUUUUGAGGAGUCUCACUCUGGUACCCAGGCUGGAGUACAGUGGUGGUAUAAUCUCAGCUCUCUGCAACUUCUGCCUCCUGGGCUCAGGCAAUCCUCCUGCCUCAGCCUCCCGAGUAGCUGGGAUUAAAGGCAUGUGCUACCAUGCCCAGAUAAUUUUGUAUUUUCAGUAGAGAUAGGGUUUCACCAUGUUGGCCAGGCUGGUCUUGAACUCCUGACCUCAGGUGAUCCACGUGCCUCGGCCUCCCAAAGUGCUGGGAUUACAGGCGUGAGCCACUGCACUUGGCCAUCUUUUGGAUUCUUAAAACUUAAGAAAAAUUCUAAAACACAUUUGUGGUCUAUUACCUUAUGAAACAUGAUAGGGGAAAAAAACAGACAACUUUACCACUAAGUUAUAUUUAAUUAGCAUCUUUUGUUUCUUAACAUAUAUGCUGUGAGCAAAAUAUAUGCUCUUACUCUAAAUCUUUCUGAGCUACACUUUAAGGAUGAAAAUUGUUUUGUCUUGUUUUUCGAGACCAAGUCUUGCUCUCCCACCCAGGCUGGAGUACAGUGGUGAGAUCUUAACUCACUUCAACCUCCCCCUCCCGGAUUCAAGUGAUUCUUAUGCCUCAGCCUUCUGAGUAGCUGGGAUUACAGGUGCACGCCAUCACUCCUGGCUAAUAUUUGUAUUUGUAUUAGAGACAGGGUUUUGCCAUGUUGGCCAGGCUGGAAAAUUGAAACAUAAUUUCACAAUUAUUCCUCCUCCCACCUUAAGUAACAAGAAAAUAAUGUCUGUGUUUUUACCUUAUACAUAUGAAUAAAUGCUAUGGUUUAUCACAGUUACCACAUGUUUUCUCAAAGUAAAUAUUAUUUUACUUUGAAAUUACAAAACUUAUUUUUAGUUUUCCAAAAUUUUAUCUUUAAAUCUAAAUAAUACAAUGUUCAUGGAUGCACAAAUGUUUACUGAGAGUCUCAUAUUCAUACUUUUCUUCACAGCACUAUAAAAUUGGACUUGUAAAAUUUGGACAACCAUUUGCCAGUGCAAUUUUUAUUCUUUUUUCUCCUGAUUAUUUGACCAAACUUGUAUCCUACAUUGUAGUUGUUCAUGUGUCUGCUUCUACUGCAUAUUGUAAAAUUAUUAACUAUUUCUCCAAAUGGUAUUUCUCUCAGCAGAUAUUUCUUUGAUUCUACCAUGUAUUGUGUGACUUCUGGAAAAGUAAAGUGACCUCCCUGCUCUCAGUGAAGAAUUUUAUUAAAAGAAUAAUUACAAUUAAAAAAAAAAAAGAAGAUACAGGGGCUGGGCAUGGUGGCUCACGCCUGUAAUCCCAGCACUUUGGGAGGCCGAGGUGGGCAGAUCACAGGGUCAGGAUACCGAGACCAUCUUGGCUAACGUGAUGAAACCCCUCUCUACUAAAAAUACAAAAAAUUGGCCGGGCACGGUGGCUCACACCAGCAUUUUGGAAAGCCAAAGCGGGUGGAUCACCUGAGAUUGGGAGUUUGAGACUAGCCUGACCAACAUGGAGAAAUCCCAUCUCUACUAAAAACACAUUAGCCAGGCGAGGUGGCACAUGCCUAUAAUCCCAGCUACUUGGGAGGCUGAGCUAGGAGAAUAGCUUGAACUCGGGAGGCGGAGGUUGCGGUGAGCUGAGAUCAUGCCAUUGCACUCCAGCCUAGGCAACAAGAGCGAAACUCUGUCUUAAAAAAUAAUACAAAAAAUUAAGUGGGCAUGGUGGCAGGCGCCUGUAGUCCCAGCUACUUGGGAGACUGAGGCAGGAGAAUUGCUCCAACCUGGGAGGCAGAGGUUGCAGUGAUCCGAGAUGGCACCACUGCACUCCAGCCUGGGUGACAGAGUGAGACUCCAUUUCAAAAAAAAAAAGAUACAGAUCAGUGCAUAUAGUAUACUACUAUUAAUAUGCUGUUAAUUGUGUAAGAAAGAAAGGAAAUGAGAAAAUAUAUUUGUAUAAAUAAAAGCUAGACAAAGGCUAAUACAAGUGGUUUCCCUGGGGUAGUAGGAUAAUGGGGAACAGGAGGACUAGGACGGGGUGGGAAAGAGUUCUCAGUGGUACCUUUUCAUACUAUUUUAACUUUUGAAAUGUAUAAGAGUGUUACUUACUGCAAACUGGAAGGAUGUGACAUUCUGGAAAAGGCAAAACUACAAAGACAGUGAAAAGAUCAGUGAUUGCCAGGGGCUGCAGGGACAGUGAGAGGGAGGGAGGAAUGAGGAGGUGGAGCGCAGGAGGUGUGAGGGCUGCAAAAUUGUUCUGUGUGACACUGUGAUGGUGGAUACAUAACACUGUCAAAACCUACAGCAUGUGGCCAGGUGCGGUGGCUCAUGCCUGUAAUCCCAGUACUUUGGGAGGCUGAGGUGGGCAGAUCACAAGGUCAGGAGUUCGAGACCAGCCUGGCCAAUAUGGUGAAACCUCAUCUGUACUAAAGAUACAAAAAAUUAUCUGGGCAUGGUGGUGCACAUCUGUAGUCCUAGCUACUUGGGGAGGCUGAGGCAAGAGAAUCACUUGAAGCUGGGAUCCGAGGGUUGCAGUGAGACGAGAUUGCAACACUGCAAUCCAGCACGGGCAACGGAGCAAGACUCUGUCUCAAAAAACAAAAAACAAACAAAAAAUCCAUAGCAUGUACAGCACAACGUAUGAGCCCUAAUGUGAGCUACAGACUUCAGUUAAUAGGAAUGUGUCAAUAAUGGUUCAUCAGUUGUAUCAAAUGUACCACACUCAUGCCAGAUGUUAAUAAUUGGGGAAACUGCGUGGUGAAGAGUACAUAGGAGCUCUCUGUGCUAUUUGCUCAAUUUUUCUCUAAACCUAAAACUGUUCUAAAAUAGAAAGUCUGUUAAAAAGCUAAAAGUAAAGUUAUAAAAAUAAAAUAAAAAAGAGGCUUUUAAAUAAACUCAUCUAUUCCAUUUGGGAAAGGUAUUUUGUACCACACGGGACUGAAAUCAUUUCUCUGGAUGAAUUUUAUAAAAUGAAUUUUGUGAUUUUUUUCUGAGACAAAAAAGUUCUUAAAUACAAUAAAAUUGAAAUGUUGAACUAGA